GGAUUUUUUGGGAAUUUCCCCAGGCCACCAUGCUGUUUGCCGAGCUGCCCUACACGCUGGCCACCGAGGAGGCCGAGAGGAUCGGGGUGGAUCACGUGGCCAGGAUGACGGCGACGGGCGGAGGGGAGAACAGCACCGUGGCAGAGCACCUGAUUGCCCAGCACAGCGCCAUCAAGAUGCUGCACAGCCGCGUGCGCCUCAUCCUCGAGUACGUGCGCGCCGCCGAGGCCGGGGAGGUUCCGUUCAACCACGAGAUCCUGCGCGAGGCCUGCGCCCUCUGCCACUGCCUGCCCGUGCUCAGCACCGACAAGUUCAAAACCGACUUCUACGACCAAUGCAACGACGUGGGGCUGAUGGCGUACCUGGGCACCAUCACCAAAACCUGCAACACCAUGAACCAGUUCGUCAACAAAUUCAACGUGCUCUACGACCGGCAGGGCAUCGGGCGCCGCAUGCGAGGGCUCUUCUUCUGAGACGAAAACGCACGGGAACGGGCAAAAACGGGAGAAAAACGGGAAAAAACACACAAAAACGCACAGGAACGGGCAAAAACGGGCAAAAACGGGCAAAAACGGGCAAAAACGACACCGAAACCCACGGGAACCGGCCGAAAACACACGGGAACGGGCAAAAACGGGCAAAAACGGGACAAAAACGGACAAAAACGCACGGGAACGGGCAAAAACGGGAGAAAACGGG